AUGCGCUUCGCGCCAACUGCUGGUAUUGUCUCUAUCUACAGGCUGGCUGUUGCGCUGUUGCUCGUUUUACAGGUCUUUGCUGCGCAGCCUGGCGCACCCAAUCCUCUAGUCGCUCCUCUACGUGAAUUGCAGUUCGGACAGAUCAACUUCCUGCAUACGACCGAUACCCAUGGCUGGCAUGCUGGACAUCUGCUUGAACCCUCCUUCAGUGCUGACUGGGGUGACUAUGUGGACUUUGCGCAGCAUCUGAAGGACAAACUGGAGGCGCAGGGACGAGAUCUCUUGAUUGUUGAUACUGGCGACCGCAUCGAAGGCAACGGCCUGUACGACGCGUCGGAGCCCAAAGGGUUGUUUACCUUCGAUAUAUUCAGAGAGCAGCACAUGGAUGUGAUAUGUUCUGGCAAUCACGAGCUGUACCAGCAGAACUCCUCCGAGAAUGAAUACCUGAUCACGGCGCCCGCCUACACCAAUAGCUACAUUGCCUCCAAUCUCGAUAUUCGCGAUCCACGGACGGGCGAAUUUGUUCCAUUGGCGGCCAGAUACAAGAAGUUCACCACAAAAGAGCAGGGAAUUCGCAUAAUGGCUUUUGGCUUUCUUUACAAUUUUGAUCGCAAUUACAAUAAUACCAUUGUGCACAGGGUGGAGAAGACCACACAGGAAGAAUGGUUUCAAGAGGCUAUCCAGGACCCAGAAAUUGAUUUGUUUGUGGUCGCAGGACAUUCUGCAAUUCGAUCAGAGGAGUUUGAUAUGAUAUACAGGAAGAUCCGCUCUGUACAGAAGGACACUCCCAUCCAGUUUUUUGGUGGCCACUACCACAUCCGCGACUAUCGGAAGUUCGACAGCAACGCGUACGGCCUCGCUAGUGGACGUUUCAUGGAGACCAUAGGAUUUCAAUCCAUUGACGGACUGCCCUCGAAGUCCAACCGGAAGACAUCUCCAACCUUCUUCCGCAGGUAUAUCGACAACAAUCUGUAUUCUUUGUACCAUCACUCUGGUCACGACUCAUCGACUUUCCACUCUGACCGUGGAAGAAACAUCACGAGAGCAAUACAUGAAGCGCGACAGGCACUUGAUCUUGACCAGACCUUUGGCUGCUCAGCAAAGGACCUGUGGAUGAGCCGGGCUCCUUACCCAAGCAAGAAUAGCAUCUUCAGCUGGCUUGAAGAGGAAGUAUUCCCCGGUAUCAUCAACGACACGCAACGUGAUAAUAGACCGAGGCUGGUGAUUUCCAAUACUGGGGCCAUUCGAUUCGACAUCUUCAAGGGCGCAUUCACUAAGGACUCCACGUUCAUCAUAUGUCCAUUCACAAGUGGCUUCCACUACAUCAAGGAUGUGCCGUACAACAGAGCUAGAAAGCUGAUCAAGAUGCUCAAUGGUGGCGGAGAAAUAUUCGCACAGGUUGAUCCAACGUUAGCCUUGUCGCGACUCGAACCUGUUCAACAGAAGGGCAUCCUGCAAGAUAUCAUCAUUUCCAAGACAGAUAGUCCAGCGCCUCUGGUCGCACAAGGCGGACAUCAAAUGCGGCAUCCAACAGACGUUGCCCGCGUUCCUGGGUAUACCACCAUCGAUGACGCAGGAGAUGAUGGUGACGACACCAUACACUCGCCCAUUUCCUUUUAUCGUGUGCCAAACUGCAUUCAGUCUCUUAUCAAUCCCCAAGAGCUUGAUAUGGAAUCUGAAAACGUCGAUGUGGUUUUCAACGAGUUCAUUCAGCCCUGGAUACUCGUCGGAUUGAGAUUUCUCGGCCUUGACUACACAAACGACGACGUGGACAAGUACAUGCCGGAUGAAAACAUGACGACUCUGAUUGCCAAAUGGGUCGGUCUGAACUGGCCAGACAAAUGCUGA